CGCAACUCCAAGAGAAAAAUUCUGCGCUUCGCUUUACUGUAGUAUGGCAUCAAGGAGAAUGGAGACCAAACCAGUAAUAACCUGCCUCAAAACGCUCCUGAUCAUCUAUUCCUUCGUGUUUUGGAUCACGGGGGCGAUCCUUCUGGCGGUGGGACUAUGGGGUAAGUUCAUGCUGGGCCCGUACAUCUCCCUGAUCGCGGAGAACUCCACCAACGCCCCCUACGUCCUCAUCGGCACCGGCACCACCAUCAUCGUCUUCGGCCUGUUCGGAUGCUUCGCCACCUGCCGCGGCUCCCCAUGGAUGCUCAAGCUGUAUGCCAUGUUCCUGUCCCUGGUCUUCCUGGCAGAACUGGUGGCUGGCAUCUCAGGCUUUGUCUUCCGCCAUGAGAUCAAGGGAACCUUCUUGAGGACGUACAAUGAGGCGGUGCAUGACUACGACGCCAAGGACACCAAGAGUCUGGCUGUGGACAACGUCCAGCGCAGCCUGAAGUGCUGUGGCGUGUUGAACUACACCAGCUGGUUCUCCAGCCCCUACUUCCCCAUCAACGGCAUCCCGCCCAGCUGCUGCGUCAACAACUCCGACUGCAACACCUCCGACCUGCGCAACGUCACCAUAGCCCCCACCAAGGUCUAUCAGCAGGGUUGCUAUGAGCUGGUGACCACCUUCAUCGAGACCAACAUGGGCAUUAUCGCCGGGGUGACCUUCGGGAUCGCCUUUUCACAGCUGAUUGGCAUGCUGUUGGCCUGCUGCCUGUCGCGGUUUAUCACUGCCAAUCAGUACGAGAUGGUGUAGCAGACACAGCACAGGGAGAUGACAAGAGGGCCUGCGUCACCUUGGACAUCGGGGGAAGGACAUACCUGAAACUCUAGCACACUCCAUCCUCACCGCCUUUUCCCCUCCAUGUGUCCUUUCCCUUCAUCCAUCCUUUCCUCCUCCUUGCUUGCUCUCUCCUUUCCACCCUCUCCUCCUCCCUCCUUCCUGCUCUCCUUCCUUCCUUCCUCUACCAUCCCUUUUUUUCUCUCUGUGUCUGUCUAUUCUCUGACUUUUUUUUUCUGUAGUUCAUCAUUCCUUAACGUGCAGUUGUGCCAUCAAUGUGGGAGGGGGAUAAAAGAUGUUUCUUUUUUUCAUUCUUUCAGGACCUUAACAUUAUGUGAAGGAGGGAGAAUCAGAAUGUGUACACACACACACUCAUUGGUCCCAGUCUUUUUGCUGUACAAAGGCCCUUUGCAUGCUAAGUCACACCCUCUUUCGCUAGCAACACAAGCAUCAACAAAAACACAGUGACAUUUGUACAAAUAACCAAAAACAAAGUGACUAAAAAGGUUGAAUCAUAGUUCUUUUAUGUCAGAUCUAUCGCUCUCUUUUUUAUUUUGACGUAAAAAAAAAAUAGUAUAACAAUCAACUAGGAUGGUAAGGUUUUUUUUAACGCUCUGUGGAUUUUAUUUUUGUUGUUGUUGUUUGGGGAGGAAACUUCCUGUUUUCAGUGACACAAAAUGGAGUCCGCUUUUGUGCUGUGACAUCGAGCACAUCUCUCUGCAUCCUGUACGAGACAAAACAUUUGCCUAUUAGCUCUGCAUUGAAACGUGUACUAGUAGCUCUCUUUGUGGACGUGCGUUUGUGUGUUUUUGUGUUGCUUUCUCUCUUUUUUUUCUCCUUUUUUUAUUAUUAAAUAAAUUAAAGUGAAAAAGCCCUUGGGUGAAUGUCUGCAUUGGGUCAAAGUCAGUGCUCAGUGACCUCGGCCAAUCCACCCUAGUGCCUUUCCUCCUCUACCCCUGACCCACUAAUGUAUUUAUUCACGUCACUGACAAGUUUUAUUUAUUUAUUAAUGUCUAUAUUUAAUUCAUACUAUUAUAAACUAUAAACCACACUGGAUAUAAAUACCGUCAAGGCCAGACACAAAGACGUGCAGAAUCUGAGUCUUGUUUCGGAACAGCUCUGACCGAGUGGCUAUUUGCGUUCCCUGUCUAACCUCCCAGCGAUGUUUAGAUCCCCCCUGCCCCGCCCCUCCCUCUCCCACUCCCUCUCUCUCGGUCAUUGACCAGAAUAACACACGCUCAUUAGCUGCUCUGCAGCCUUUCCCGGCCGCGCUUUUGUGCUGAUGCACCCCUGUUGACACUCCUGUGUCUCCGUCCACUCCACUCCGCACCGCACCACCACCGCCAGCAGCAGUGUCCUCUGUCCCCAUCCUCUGACUCAGCUGUGACACACCGCAGGGCCAGAGCUGUGACUGACUCACCACCGCCACACUCGCCACCGUCCCCAGCGAUGAGGACCAACAGCUGAGCCAAUACUCCCCCCGCUCACUGGCAUUAGAAAUGGUGUUUGGUGGCCUGAAUUGGCUGGAGGGUAUGUUAGAAAAUAAACAGAGACAUGAAUAACCAGAGCUCCCCUUUUACCGCUACAAUGAGCAACGUAAGGGGUGGGAAGUGGAACAGACAAUUUGGAGAGAAUUUGUUGUCUUUUUUUCCCCCCUCAGAGAUGAAAUUCCAAGGGAUUCAUCUCUGACCGAAACGGGGAAAAAAGGGGAUAUGGGUGUCUGCAUUUUAUAAUCAGAAUGUCUGAAGGCUAAAACUAAAACAUUGUGGAGUGGUUAUGUUACCACACAGUUAUUAUUAAUGGAAACGGAAUCUAACCCAGCUUAGCUAAUAAUUCCAAGUAACACAAAUGGAAAAAAGAUCAUAAACAAUCAACUAGGUGUGAACACCACUGUCUGACAGAGGCUCUGCCCUUGCGAAAAACACGAGAGAGAAGUUAGCUGAGUGUCACUAAUCAUCACUACACAUGAAUUACAUUUUGAGGGCGGAUGGAGGAGCUGGAUGGAGCCAACGUCACUGGCACUGGUCUUCCAGAACAGGGAUUCCCAACCUGGGGGUGGGGGGCCCAUUGGUGGGUCGUGAAGAUCUUACAAGUGCACCGUGAAAUCAUUUCCGAAAAAUCUAAAUAAUACUUGUGUGUUUGUACGUGCAAAUAAAACAGUUCUCGCCUAAAUUAUAUCCAUUGGUGAGUGUCUUUCAAAGCAGAUGGAUGGUCUCAAUGUUGCAGCGUCCUAUUGGCUGUUGACUAUUAUUUUAGUUCCAUUAUUUAUUGGGCCAGAGGUGGGCUGCAGACAUCCGCGACGGUUUCAAGAGGGCCCCAAGUUGGACAAGGUUGGGAACCCCUGUUCUAGAAACAUCUGAUGAGGGUCAUGUGGGCUUUGAUGGUUCCAAGUUUCUUUUUAUGAGUGUUUUUGCGUUUAUAGAUGGUUUCUCAGGUUUGUUUUGUUUUAUUUUAUUUCUCUUUAAUUUGUCACAGUUUUAAAUGCUGUCACUGCAGCUGCCCUCUGUGUUGAUGGAAUAAAUAUGGCAAAAUAAGUGGAAAAUAGCUUAAAAUGUGUUGUAAAUGAUUCCUAGUCAUACACAAUCUGGACAGUACAAUGAGCAUAACAAUAAGACUUUGUAUAAAAGAAUAAACUUUUUAAAACGCAUCACCAGCUAGCAUGCCAACAAAAUGUACGUUGAUAUUGUAAACAACUGUGAUAUCUAUUAAUAAAAUGGUCAUUUCAUGGUU